GAGUUUGACGCCUCUCUCCGUCGUAUGACGUUUUACAGGAACAUGGCGCUUUGGAGGAGAGGUGUUCCAUGAUACUGAGGGUUGUUUUCAGUUGGAUUGUUGUAGUUGUAUUCGUUUCAUUGACAUUGGGACGCAUUCACCAAACAUGACAGGUCACGAGAGGUGAUCGUUGUUUUUCCUCUCCAUGGGCAACGGGACGUUACGUUUCGUAGCGGCGUUUGCUGUCGUCAGCUGAAACUGUUAGCCUUCACAUGCUAACCGAAGCCAGUUAGCUCGCGAGUAGCAAGUGGCUAAACAGACCGAAAAUAUGCGUAUUUAUGUAGCUUACGCUGACGCUAAAUUGGGUAUCAAUGGUUGAAACAAUUCAUUCAGUCAUUCUGUUGGUUAUUUUGUAUAAGAUUUUAUUUGGCUAACGUUUUGUUGGGUAAGCCGAAAGGAUGGAGAGACGCCGUGGAUCUGUGUUGUUGCUGGUCAGUGGCAUUUUUCUGUCGGCAUCUUGGUUCAGUGAAGCUGCUCCUCUUCGGUUUCUGCAUAAAUCAGGUGGAAGCACGGCAGACUCUUGGUCUACAUCUCUUUACCUGUCCCUGGUGGUGUCGCUGAUGGUGCUGGUGGUCCUGGUGGCGGUGCUGGUGAACUGUGUGACCUGCUGCAAACAGAGAGAGAUCGACUUUAAGGAGUUUGAGGACCACUUUGAUGAUGAAAUCGACUUCACUCCACCAGCAGAGGACACGCCUUCUAUCCAUCCUCCAGCGGAGGUGUACACGCUGGACGUGUCCCCCGUCCCUCUGCCUGGACCCCCGCACCUCCAGCCUCUGGCCAGCAUCACAGAGGCAUCCGCUGGCUUCAAAGUCGGACGCCACAGUCUGAGCUACAUCCAGGAGCUUGGCAACGGAUGGUUUGGUCAGGUCCUUUUGAGUGAAAUCUACACAGAUCCAGGAGGAGCCAGAGUGGUGGUGAAGGAGCUAAAGGCUAAUGCCAGUGCUAAGGAGGGGAAUGACUUUCUGCAGCAGCAAGGGGAUCCAUUCAGAGUGCUGCAGCACCCGAACCUCCUCCAGUGCCUGGGACAGUGUGUCGAGGCCAUUCCCUUCCUGCUUGUGUUUGAAUACUGUGAAAUGGGGGAUUUGCGGAGUUUUCUGUCUCAGCAGGACUGGACGUUCAGGAGCGCUGAUUUGCUGCAGCUGCAGAGGAUGGCCUGUGAAAUCGCUGCCGGCGUCACACAACUUCAUAAACACAACUUCCUGCACAGUGAUUUGGCUCUGAGGAACUGCUACCUGACUACUGACCUUACAGUCAAAGUGGGAGACUAUGGUAUCGGACCCUACAGAUACAAAGAGGAUUACAUCAUCACAGAGGACGAUGUGUUUGCUCCUCUCCGGUGGUUGGCUCCUGAGCUGGUGGGGGAGCGUCACGGGGGAGUCGUCGCUCUGGAGCAGAACAAGGCCGGCAACGUGUGGGCCUUAGGGGUCACAUUGUGGGAGCUGUUUGAGAAUGCUGCUCAGCCUUACCCCCACCUGUCUGACCGGGAGGUCCUGAACCAUGUCAUCAAGGAGCAGCAGGUCAAGCUGUUCAAGCCACAGCUCGAGCUUCCUCAUUCUGAUAGAUGGUUUGAGGUCCUGCAGUUCUGUUGGCUGUCUCCAGACAAGAGGGCCACGGCAGAGGAAGUCCACCGUUUGCUCAUCUAUCUACGCAUGCAAGGCCAAAAGGACAUAGAGGAGGACUUUGAUCAACGAUGGGACGCGCUGAAGCCGAACACAUCCACACGGCAGACUGUUAGCCAUUCCUCUUUCCCAAUACUGGAGCAGUUUGCUGAUGACGCCCUGCGACAAGAGCUAGACGAAGUUCUAACCAUCACUGAAACGAGCAAAGGUUUAAAUUUUGAGUACGUCUGGGAGGCAGCCAAGCAAGAGCACUACGAAGGAAACCACGGAGGCUCGGGCGUGGACACAACACUUAACUACCACAGCAUGUUCUUUCCUGCUUCCAGGGAAGACAUCCAGGCUCAUUUCCCUGAUCCUUUAACCGGGGCAGCGGGCGCAGGAAGUGGGAACACUCCUUCAGGAAUUCCUGGGAUCGUACCAGUGUUUGAUCCACAGAAGUCACCCAGUGGGAAUGAAUAUUACAUACAGCUGGAGGAACAAGGGGGCAGUGCUUUGGGCCAGUAUGACAACGAAGGGCAAGACAUGGACUUUAAUUCAAACCAGAAAGAGUUUGUGGUUCUUCAGGAUGCCCGUCUGGAUGAGUCCAGCACAGACGCCGACUUCUUCCACCAAAGCAUCGACUCAAAGGACUCCUAUCUUCCCGAUAGCCACAUCUGGUCGUCGCUUGAGAAUGACAGUCCAUACCACCCCAACAUUUUCACCGAAGACGGCGCAAAACGAGAGGACUCUCCUUCCUGGGGGCAGAACUUCAUAGAGCUUCCGGAGCAUGGCGGGAAUCCUUUCCAUGAACAACUGAAUCCAAGUCGGAGCUAUGUGGACACUUUUUUAGAGGUUCCCCCUCCCCUGCCGGGUUUGUUGGAGGGGGAGGACAGCAGUGUGAAGAGGCUGACCGAUAACUUUAUGUUUCUGAGAGACCAGAACCUGAUGAAACAAGGCUCCAGCUUCUUGAGUUCUCAGCAGAAUUUUCUUUUACCGGGAUUAGUCCACGAACCAGAGGAAGCGUUCAAAAUGAGGUCUUGGGACAAUCUAGAAACUUUAGGCAGCUUAAACACAUCCGAUGCAUCCUUUAAACCCGCAGCCAGUAGCACAUUCUCAACACAGGAACUUUUAGACCCUCGGAGCACCAACUUGGGGCAAAAUGAACUUCUGUUGCCUUCUAUUACAGUGGUCUCUGACGACAACACGAGCAGCCAGCUGCCAGUUAGAAAUGGUUCUUCCACCGAAAGUCUGCUGCCUUCCUCCGACAGGUGUGUCGACUCGGGCUUUGAUUCUACCUCAGAGAGGUUUGAGCUCGGCGGCGGCGAAACGGACGGCCACACCCCCACGCGGUCUGACAGUGCCAUAACAGACUCACUGUGCACACAUGCCAACAUUCCCAACCUUGAAGAGGACCUGGAAGCCUCCAAGGUCCUAGGAGAUAAAAUGUUCGAGAACCUGGCAGAUCCGGGAUUGUCGUUGGAAAACGGGCAGAACGAAGACCUGACGAGUAACGAUCUGCUGAGUGAGCUGAUUGAGGAUGCCGAUCUGGAUCUAGAAACCAACCUCUCUGAUCAGGAGGAGUCCUUCAUGGACACCAACGGACACUCUCCGUUGAGGUCCUCACUCCUGGUCUCUGGGCCAUCUCUGGAUCAGAUCAGUCAGGACAGUUUGUUGGAGGACAGCGCGUCCGCAGCUGUCCCAGCUUUAGAAAAUGCAGCAGAAACCCCGGACUCUUUGGACUCUCUUGACAUACAUCAACUCGGAGAGCAGGGAGAGGAGCUGAACGCUCCCACAUCUCAACACAAGCUUCUGCCUCCGUAUAAAAUCUCUGACAGUGGGUACGAGACGGAGAACCUCGAGUCUCCAGAGUGGAACUCCCUGCCAACUGUAGAGGACGGCUCCCCUGUAAAAAAUGGCAUCAGCAUCACCAAAGAAGAAGACUCGGAAGAUCUGACAGCUUUGACAAAUUUGGUUCCCCCAAGGAUCGUCAUCUCUGAAGUAGAGGGUUUGCCAGAUUCUCCCAGUGAGGAUCAGCAGCCAGACCCUGUAGCUCCUGCAGAGGAAAAUCCCACAAGUAGCAGUUAUCGAGACUCCGCCUACUUUUCUGACAAUGAAUCAGAAAUGGAGAAGAAGUCUGAAGAAUCAACAACGGUGAAGGCCGUAGAAGACACGUGGCUGAGGAACUCUAGAGAAACGGCUCUGGAAGCUUCCAAUGAAAAAUAUGUUGAUGCUUUAUUUUCCAAGCUUGGACAAACGUCCUACAUGCAUGCAGAGAACGUUCCUCUAGAGGCGGAACGUCAGAGGGAGGUAUGGGAGGUACAUAUGCCAGACCUCCUCAAAGAUGCAUUUUCUGAUCAUUUGAGUUCAUCAGGAGAUCCAGAAACCUCGUCUGCUGCUGCUUCAUCAGUGCCAACACCAGGGGGCGCCGUUCAUCCCAAACUAACCAGGACUUAUGCCAGCGACGGGCAUAAAAUCAAAGAGCCCGAUGUGGAGGGGCGGUACCUGGGCAGGCGGGACGGUCCCGGUCUAGCCGGACUAGAAGAUGGCGUGGAUGCUGAUGAGGAGGACGAGAACAGCGAUGACUCGGACGACGACGUGCGGGCGUACCAGCUGCACAGCUCCAGUUCAGAAAGCGAGGAUGAAAACGAGCACACAGUGCCGAUCAUCGUGUCUGACGACAGCAGCUCAAAGAACCUGAAGAGCUUGCUGAAACCCACCACCCUGAACACCAGAGCAUCACCCACCACCAUUUCUGCCGAGAACUCUAGAAGAGCUGUGUCUUUCUUUGAUGAUGUCACCGUCUACCUGUUUGACCAGGAGACUCCUACUAAGGAACUAGGAGACCACUCCUCAGGCUCCAGCAGCCCCGUUUCUUCUUCCAGCUAUCUGAACCGCUUCGCUAACUCUGAAAGCUCAACAGACGAAGAAGGUGGUGGGUUUGAGUGGGACGAUGACUUCACCUCCCCUUCACCCGCUUUCCGGCCCAAGACGGAGCAAGUCCCCGUCUCUAAGGUGAUUUCCUCCACAACGCCGGCGGUCAGCCGAGGGCUGGAGCCCAGCUGGAGCAGCUCCUCAACCUACUCCCGCUUCUCCAUCUCACCAGCAAGCAUCGCCAGCUUCUCCCUCACACAUCUGACCGACUCCGACAUCGAACAAGGAGGCAACAGCGAAGACGGAGAGAGAGACUAGUCCGUGUUAUCGUGACACUACUGAAUAACGGAGCUAAACCCGGCCUCCGCGGGAGCGGCUGAGUAGACGGAUCGUGUGGCGUUCUCCUCUCAGGCACAGCUCUGCUCAGCUGAGCUGAGUGUCCGUUCUGGUCCUGGUCUGAGCCACACCCCCUCUCCAGCUCCACCUGUGUGUGAUUUCAGUUCAGUUCAGUGCAAUCGCAGUUUGGAAGAACCAAUAAGGAAAAUAAUACCAGUAAAAAUGGAAGUAGCUUCUGAAUAUAUGCUCAUUCCAGGUGUGUUCUUUUUUUAAGUGCACUCUUUUACCAGAACUUUUGCUUCACAAAAAAAGGGGGAAAAAUCACUACACAUCCCAGUGGACUGGUAAAGGUAAUCACUACAACAAGCAGGAAUAAGCUCUUUGAUCUCAGCAGGAAGGUAAAGCUUAGUAUUUAUCACUCGUUAGUUUGCUCCUUCUUCUUGUGCGAUUAUUUCAGUGGUUGCCUUUUUUAAUCUUUUGGGAAGGAUUUGUUGUUUUUGUCAUUUCCUGUUGAGUUGAAGCGAUCUCCUACCUGAAGAGGACCCUCACGUGGAGUCCUUCUGUAGCGGUGUUUGAGGCUAAAGGUUGUAAAUGUGGACGCCGGCGGCCUGCAGGGGCUGUAUUCUCCUUCAUGGUUGAAAGGAACUUCUACGCUGAAGCUGAGGCGUAUUUUUGAGACUUCUCUGUGAAGAACGUCAGGUGUAAUAAUUUAUGGUCCAACUGUAAAACAGUUAUGGGGAAAAAAACAACUUCUUGUUGGUUUAAGAAUUUUGGAAAGCUGUGUUUUUGUGUGAAACGUGCAGGAAGUCUGGUGUUGUCUCUGAUUUGUCGCUGGAUCUGAUCACGGUGCCCGCUGAUGCUGCAAAGACAGCUCCUUCCCUCCAUUUAAUACCACUACACAAAACUAUGAACUUGGUGAAAUGACGGGGAAAAUAAUUAGGGAGGUUUAAUUUUUUAAAAUGCCAGCAUGUCCGGGUGUUUGUAAACGUGCAAUGAACUUUGGCGGAUGAGUUUAGAGUUUGUAGGAUGAUCCGUGCUUUGGUGCAGACGGGUGAGAACUCACUACAACAAAAUCAUUCAAACUUAGUUUUCACCUGAAAAUUUCACCAGCCUAAAAAAUCCUAUCCGGUGUCAUUAGAGCAUUUCAUGUCUAUAAAUCAGAGUUGGUUUGUGAUCCGUCUACUUCUGUCCAACAAAAAUGGCUAAAAAUGAAUCCUGAGUUCUUGGUUUACUAUCAUAAACUAUGAAACUGUAGCUUUUACAGUUACUGCAAAGAGCUUUUCCUUCAAUAUUCAUCACUGAUGUCCAUCAGCUGUAGUAGACCCCCACCCCGCCUGACCCCUGACCCCUUAACCUGACACUAACAUUGGAGAGAUGGUUCAGAACUUCAACAGUGGGUUUCUGCUGAGUAAUUAUGAACGAUUAAUAUCCUACCUGUCGUAAGAAGUGCUUUAAUGACCCCAAGUUUAAACAAGUUUAAUUCUUACAGGAUUGAAGAGCUAAAUUUCAAAAAUUUCAGAGCAAUAUGUGGGAGCUGUUUUCCUACGCUUCGUAUUUCUGUCGGCUGAUAUAUUUUGUGGCUGUUAGUGUUGGCGGCUAGCUGUAGCUUUCUGCUGGAAUAACUGGAUUCUGUAAAAUUCACAGCAGUUAGCCUUAGCCCUACUGUGACUAGCCAUUAGCGCAUCAAUCCGCUCACAUUUAGCAUCCGUUUCUCUAAAUCGAGGGUGUUUGAAGAACCAUCUUCAGCCGGUAGAUCUUAUUUUCUGGCUUUUCCACAGAAGCCCACUCUGAACUCUGCCUUUAAGGCGACAACGCUGCAUCACGGACAUCCUCCCCGUUCAAACCAGCAGCCUGUACUUCAGUUAAACUUGAGCGUCUAUUUAAGGACAUCUCUUAUUUGACUACAGUGUACAUUUGCUUAAUCUUGCACAUUUGAAACUGUAAUUUAAUGUUAAAAUGUUCCAAUGUAUAUAAAUGCGUUUUUUUUUUUUCAGUUUUGUUUGUAAGUGGGGAAAUGAUGUAUGUUACUUAUAGGUAUGAGGUUUCAUUUUAACGGUGAGUUUCAAAUCAAAGGAACAUAUCAGUCGUCUACUAAAAGCAGUUAAACACAGAAAAGCAGACGUGGAUUCAUUCUGUCCUUUAAACCUGUAGAUUUUAAAUAUUUUUACUUCAUAAUGAUCAUGCUUAGUGUAAUUGAAUGAAAUGUUUAUAAUUACACUGUUUAAUAUGAAAAUAAAUGCAAAUGAACUUCUAA